CCGCAGCCGGCGCAGGGGGAGGCCAACGAGGACCUGCCCCGCCGGCUGCCCCGUGCCCUGCCUCGCCCAGCAACCCCGCCAACGGUGAGGGAUGCGCUGUGCCGCCCGGAUCCCCUGCGCCCUGCCCAUGCCCUGAAGCAGAAAGUUUGGGGGUCGGGGACUGCCUUCCUCUUCCCCUGCAAUGACUGCCCAAGGACUCCUGCUGCCCAGCUUGGACUGUGACCUGCCUUCGUUCCCCAGACCCCAGGUCUUCAUUUCUGAAUAUAAGAGGGGGUGCGGUCUCCCCCAAGACGGCGCGCUGGAAGGACAGGUUCCCCUUGCCGACCCACAUACACCAUGAAGAGGUGCAAAUCGGACGAGCUGCAGCAACAACAGGGUGAGGAGGAUGGAGCUGGGCUGGAAGAUGCAGCUUGCCACCUGCCAGGCGCGGAACUCCGGCCUGGGGAGGCCACGGGUGCUAACUCCGCUGGCUGGCCAACUUCAGAUGCGGGCGCUGCGGCGGCGGCACCCAACCCGGGUCCCCGAACUAAGCCUCCUGAUUUAAAGAAAAUCCAGCAGCUCUCCGAGGGCUCCAUGUUUGGCCACGGACUGAAGCACUUGUUCCACAGCCGCCGCCGGUCGCGGGAGAGGGAGCAUCAGGCGUCUCAGGAUUCCCAGCAGCAGCCGCCGCAGCAGGGCCUGUCUGACCAUGACUCCCCGGACGAGAAGGAGCGCUCCCCAGAGAUGCACCGCGUCUCCUACGCCAUGUCCCUGCACGACCUGCCCGCGCGGCCCACCGCCUUCAACCGCGUGCUGCAGCAGAUCCGCUCGCGGCCCUCCAUCAAGCGCGGUGCCAGCCUGCACAGCAGCGGAGGGGGCAGCAGCGGCGGGGGCAGCAGCCGGCGCACCAAGAGCAGCUCCCUGGAGCCCCAGCGGGGUAGCCCCCACCUGCUGCGCAAGGCCCCCCAGGACAGCAGCCUGGCCGCCAUCCUGCACCAGCACCAGUGCCGUCCCCGCUCCUCCUCCACCACCGACACGGCCCUGCUGCUGGCCGAUGGCAGCAAUGUGUACCUCCUGGCCGAGGAAGCCGAGGGCAUUGGGGACAAGGGCGACAAGGGAGACCUCGUGUCCCUGAGCCUUCCCUCCGGCUCCGGCCAUGGUGACACUGAUGGUCCCAUCAGCCUGGACGUGCCAGAUGGGGCACCAGACCCCCAGCGGACCAAGGCCGCCAUCGACCACCUGCAUCAGAAGAUCUUGAAGAUCACCGAGCAGAUCAAGAUCGAGCAGGAGGCGCGGGACGACAACGUGGCCGAGUACCUGAAGCUGGCCAACAACGCGGACAAGCAGCAGGUGUCCCGCAUCAAGCAGGUGUUCGAGAAGAAGAACCAGAAGUCGGCCCAGACCAUCGCGCAGCUGCACAAGAAGCUGGAGCACUACCGCCGGCGCCUCAAGGAGAUCGAGCAGAACGGGCCCUCGCGGCAGCCCAAGGACGUGCUGCGGGACAUGCAGCAGGGGCUGAAGGACGUGGGGGCCAACGUGCGCGCGGGCAUCAGCGGCUUUGGGGGCGGCGUGGUGGAGGGCGUCAAGGGCAGCCUGUCUGGCCUCUCACAGGCCACCCACAGCGCCGUGGUGUCCAAGCCCCGGGAGUUCGCCAGCCUCAUCCGCAACAAGUUCGGCAGCGCCGACAACAUUGCCCACCUGAAGGACCCCCUGGAAGACGGGCCCCCAGAGGAGGCGUCCCGGGCCCUGAGUGGCAGCGCUACCCUUGUGUCCAGCCCCAAGUAUGGCAGCGAUGACGAGUGCUCCAGCGCCAGCGCCAGCUCCGCAGGGGCGGGCAGCAACUCUGGGGCGGGGCCUGGGGGCGCGCUAGGAAGCCCCAAGUCCAAUACGCUGUACGGAGCCCCCGGAAACCUGGACACUCUGCUAGAGGAGCUGCGGGAGAUCAAGGACGGACAGUCGCACCUGGAGGACUCCAUGGAGGACAUGAAGACUCAGCUGCAGAGGGACUAUUCCUACAUGACCCAGUGCCUACAGGAGGAGCGCUACAGGUACGAGCGGCUAGAGGAGCAGCUCAAUGACCUCACCGAGCUUCACCAGAACGAGAUGACCAACCUGAAGCAGGAGCUGGCCAGCAUGGAGGAGAAGGUGGCCUACCAGUCCUAUGAGAGGGCUCGGGACAUCCAGGAGGCCGUGGAGUCCUGCCUGACCCGAGUCACCAAGCUGGAGUUGCAGCAGCAGCAGCAGCAGGUGGUGCAGCUGGAGGGCGUGGAGAAUGCCAACGCGCGGGCGCUGCUGGGCAAGUUCAUCAACGUGAUCCUGGCGCUCAUGGCUGUGCUGCUGGUUUUCGUGUCCACCAUUGCCAACUUCAUCACGCCCCUCAUGAAGACUCGCCUGCGCAUCACCAGCACCGCCCUCCUGGUCCUCGUCCUCUUCCUCCUCUGGAAGCACUGGGACUCCCUCACCUACCUCCUGGAACACGUGCUGCUGCCCAGCUGAGCGGCCAGCCUGCCCCUGCUCCAUGCUUUCUGGCCCCCAGUGGCCACACAGCUCCAGGAGGGACUCUGGGACUCCUGAGUCCCUCGGACUUUUUUGUGUGUCUGGUUUGGCCUCCUGCCCAAACUGUCCAUUCCAACGGCUCCUGCCCCUUUUCCAUACUUCCUUCUGUCUGACACCCUCUCCCUCUUGUCCUGGAGGGGGCUGAGAGUAUGACCCUGGCUGGAGACCGUGGGGACACUUGUGGCCAAGUGGAGCCGAGGUGGACACUGGGACUGGAUUGCUUUGGUGACCUACAGUCAAACAGGACUUCUCCCAGCUGACCUCAGGAUGCCCCACGUCAGGAAGGCCACAAAGAACAGGAGAAGGCAAAAGCUCUGCCUCGAAUUUCCUGGGGAAGAGCUCACCCUGGAGACAGCCACAGUUCCAAGCAAGGGAGUGAGGAGGCUGUGCUGGUCCCAGAGGAGGAGGCUGUGCUGGUCCCUGCUGGCACAGGAAGGGGAGGGUCCAUGGCCUUUGGUAUCUCUAGGGCCAGAGAGCAAGCUCAGAGUGGCUACUCAGGAGUUGAGCCCACCCCUUCCUGCCAGAGCUGCUUUGAGGCUGGCUUCUGAACGGGCCCUUCAGGAUCUGCAGGAGGCUGGCUCUGGAGGCUGGGCGGGGUGUGGCUUUGGAUUUGUUUUCCCUGCUAGUCUUUCUGCCUGCCUGUCACUGCUAUUUUCAGGGAAACGGGGCCCCAGAGGCCCUGAGUCUCAGUCCAAGCCCUUUGGCCUUUGGGAACACAUUGGGUCCUAUUUAUUUAUUUAUUUAUUUUUUCCUUUAGAACCUUACCCCCACAUCUGUCCCACUGAGCUCCGGGGAGAGGACCUGCCCUGCCCUCCCUCUGAAGCCAGGGCUUAUUCUCAGCUCAUCGGCACCUCCAUGCCAUAUAGCCUCUGCAUAAUCCUGGGAGAAGUGGGGGGCAGCCACCCAGCCCCACUCUCCCCCGCAGUCCUGGCUGGGUGGGAGAAGCGUGGCCUCUCUUUUAUAUGUCUAUUUAUUUUGUACGUGUGUAUUUGUGGGGAGGAGGUUGUGUGUUGCUUUCUUUUUUUUAAGGCUCUGGAGUGUUGUGUAUGGUUUCUGUCCCAUCCCAGCCUCCCCAUGGCACUUCCAAGCACAGAGGGGAUUUCUCAGAACAAGAGCGAGGAAUCCCCUGGAGCAGGGAAAGCAGUGCCUGCCAGCUGUUGUGGACCUUCCCAAAAAAUAAAUAUCCUCUAAAUUUUCAAACCA